AGCCGUUCAUUUGCGGAAGUGUCGAUCUAGGUUUUAAACAAGAACGCAACAACAAAGGGCAUUGCAUUGGAAAGUCGUGGAAAUACGAUAUCUAUCGCCAACGCAUACCUAUUCAGUUGGUUGCUCCAAACUUGACGCUCACACCAUGGCUGCCGCGGAACCAGUCUACAGUCCAACAACAGUUUCAGAGACCAAAUCCAAAAAGUGGUUAAUUGUACCAACAGAUAAUUUGGAUAAAGUCAGAUGUUUGAUAAAGGUGGUGGAAGUGCUCCUGUCGUUUGUGGCCUUCAUUCUUGAAGAGGUAGUGACGAACUGUAUGAGCUGCUCUCCGCUGUACUUCUUUGAGUUUGUCAGCUGCACAGCCUUCCUCUUCACAGCUCUCCUCCUCAUCCUCCUCGCUACCACCCUGCACAAGAGAGUGGGCAUCAGCUGCUGGCCCUCCCUGGACUUUGUGUACACAGCUUUGAUGGCUGCAUUCUUCCUCAUCGCCUCCAUUGUGUUUGCCUCAGAUAAUGGUGGAACUGACCUGGAAAAUGCUGCUGUGGCAUUUGGCUUCCUGGCCACUGUGGCAUUCCUGGCGGAUGCUGUCUGGUUUGUGAAGACCAGGGGUUUUCCUUUUAAAAAGACCAAGCAGCAAGCUGCAAGCAACGGCGGGGCUCCUGUGGCAGAGGCUGAGAAACUCAACAGGGAACAGAACGAAGCAGACUAGGCCCAGGAUACCUAACGAGUGUAACCCUGGUAUCUCUUUCUCCCACAUUUACACACACAAACACGCAACACACUAAGACUAUCAGAGGGCCACCUUAUAUCUGCUUAAAGGAAGGGAAGACCUCUCCAGUAGUUUUAACAUCUUAUUCAGAGCUUUUAUUCUCAGCAGUGGGACCAUUUUUGUAGGAGACAUGGUCUGUGUUGUAUACAUUCUGUUUCCUUGGACCAUGGACCUGCUUGGGAAUGGGACCACUCAUUGAUAAAAAUAGACCAAGGCUCUCCAACCCUGUUCCUGGAGAUCUAUCCUCCUGUAGCUUUUCACUCCAACCCUGUUCCUGGAGAGCUAUCCUCCUGUAGCUUUUCACUCCAACCCUGUUCCUGGAGAUCUAUCCUCCUGUAGCUUUUCACUCCAACCCUGUUCCUGGAGAGCUAUCCUCCUGUAGCUUUUCACUCCAACCCUGUUCCUGGAGAUCUAUCCUCCUGUAGCUUUUCACUCCAACCCUGUUCCUGGAGAUCUAUCCUCCUGUAGCUUUUCACUCCAACCCCAGUUGUAACUAAUCUGGUUCAGUUUAUAACCAUGUAAUUAUUAAAAUCAGGUGUGUUAGAUUAGGGUUGGAGUGUGAACCUACAGGAGGGUAUCUCUCCAGGAACGGGGUUGGAGUGUGAACCUACAGGAGGGUAUCUCUCCAGGAACGGGGUUGGAGUGUGAACCUACAGGAGGGUAUCUCUCCAGGAACGGGGUUGGAGUGUGAACCUACAGGAGGGUAUCUCUCCAGGAACGGGGUUGGAGUUUGAACCUACAGGAGGGUAUCUCUCCAGGAACGGGGUUGGAGUGUGAACCUACAGGAGGGUAUCUCUCCAGGAACGGGGUUGGAGUGUGAACCUACAGGAGGGUUACUCUCCAGGAACGGGGUUGGAGUGUGAACCUACAGGAGGGUGUCUCUCCAGUGACAGGGUUGGAGAGUCCUGGAAUAGACUAUUAUGAGAUUUUAAGAUCACUGUAUUGCCUUACCACUGACUGUCAUUACUGCAUUUCUCAGUGUUACUGGGAUGAGCACAUAUCUGUACUUGCAAUUGCCUCUUAUCAAGAUGGCUCCAGCUAUGCAAAAUGCUGUAUCUAAUCUCUCUCUAAAAAAUGGUUUGGGAGUUGAAGAACAAUAUUUAUCCAGUUAUUUACAGUCAAACCCAAGUACAGUUACAUUAUUUAACUGGAAGAAAUCGUUUUAAAAGUCGACAUCAUUUAUUAGCCAGUUUUAAGGAAGGACAAUAUGAUUCAAUGCAAACUCUUAAGUAAGGAAAGGGAACAGUGAAGCCAGAAACGUUUCUACAGAAAUAUGAUAUAUAUGUUUUAAUGGGCCCCUAUGUCUGUCAUUUUAUUUUAGACCUAUUUCUCACAAGUAUCCCCAAGUCAUUGAUUUCUAUGGUUUUAAAAUUUCAGUCCAUGCAAGCAAGCUCCCCAGUAUUUCUAUAUGAGGCCAACUCCACGUUCCUUAUUGGCGUUCAUACCAUAUAGAUUCAUUUUAAAUAUAGCAAUCAAUGAAACUGACUAUAUCUGUAAUGUUUUUAAAUGCUUUUUCAAUCACAGUUUAUGUAUUUUAA